AUGUCUGAAGAAGUGACUUAUGCGACACUCACAUUUCAGGAUUCUGUUGGAGCAAGAAAUAACCAGGAUAGAAAUAACCUAAGGAAAAGAGGGUAUCCAGCUCAUUCCCCAACAUGGCGCCAGGCUGCCUUGAGUCUGUUAAUUCUUUGUUUGAUGCUGCUGAUUGGGCUGAUGACCUUGGGGAUUGUGUUUUUGCAGACAUCUAAUGGAAUUAACUCAGAUUCAGAGAGAUUAAAUCAACUGCAAAAAAUCAUCCACCAAUGGCAAGAUAAUUUAUCCCAGCAGCUGAGCAACUACAAGAAUCUUCCCACCAAGGAGGAAUAUCUCAAAUCCCAGAUCUCCAGUCUAUUGAAGCGGCAGGGACAGAUGGCCGUCAAACUCUGCCAAGAGCUGUUCAUUCACACUUCAGACCACAAAUGCAAUCCUUUCCCUAAGAUGUGGCAAUGGUACCAAAACAGCUGCUAUUAUUUUGCAACAAAUGAGGAGGCUACGUGGACUAAUAGUAGAAAUAACUGCCUAGACCAGAACUCCACCUUGGUGAAGAUAGAUAGCUUGGAGGAAAAGGAUUUUCUGAAGUCACAGCCAUUACCAAAGUUUUCUUUCUUCUGGUUGGGCUUAUCACGGAAUCUAUCUGGAAGGAGCUGGCUAUGGGAGGAUGGCUCCAUUCCUUCUCCAUCCUUAUUCAGCACUAUAGAAUAUGCCCAGAUCAAUGGAUCCAAAGGAUGUGCCUAUUUUCAGAAAGGAAAGAUUUACAUUUCCCGCUGCAGUGCUGAAAUUUCUUGGAUUUGUGAGAAGAAGGCUCCAUUAGUGAAGACUGAAGAUCUGGAUUAAUAUGCACCUUCUGGAUUCACCAAGACGUAAGGGACUUGUGAUUCCGUUCAGGUGAAAAAAGAGAAAGCUACCCAACCACAGCCAAAAACAGUUGAAAAGAUUACUGUGUAUUUAAACAAUCAGACAAAUAAACUUCACAGAACAUUUUGCAUGUCAUCGUCUGAUGGCUUCUGAGCUGAUGGUCUGGUUGUUGCUGGGAACCUACAGGGAAUAGCUACUGAGUGGCCCUAUUAUUCUAUCUCAGCAUCAUUUCACUGAAUUUCCUCCCUCAAAUAAAAGGCUCUUUUCCUGCCUUGUUAUGGCACAUGUGCAAGUGUACAGGGGUGACAUUUAAAUAUUUAGCAACCAGAAUUGGCAGAGGCCACAGCACUGGAAAAACAUUCAGGAGACCCUGCUGUGAUAGAGGUCUGGAAGAUUCUGGGAUAGGGAUCCUGGUGUGUAGAGCAGCAGCAUUAUACCAACAGAUUUGAAAAUAUUUUAGUAUCUUGGCAAAUGGUUUGUUUGUACCCUGUGUACCAGCUUUGUCAUAUAGGUAAAGUAGCACGUUGUUUAGUAUUUAUGUUAUCAUUUUUUUCAGAUUAGUAAUGUUGAGGUUAUUGUCUUGGUAAUCUGGGAAUUAGAAAUUGUGUGAAGAUAUCAAAAUUGCACCAGCAUACUUCU